CAGCCGGAGUGUGCGUACAGUCUAUGGUCACGAGCUUCCGUCUGCAUCAAGCCGAGCCGACACGCAGCACAAACGAACCCAAACGUGCGAACGCGGACUGUAGCGAUCGUAAGACCCAGAUUGGUUCAGAUUGAUAAUUUAACAUUUUUUUGGGAACCGCCUGGGCGUGACGAUGAGAUAAAGCCAACCAGAAGGAUAAGCGAGCGUUCUGACCGGUUUGUUAACCUGCCUGUGUGGGAUUAUGGUUAAGGCAGCUCCAUUCAGCACAGGCCACUACUGCUGAGAUGUUUGAAGCCUGCGUGAGGGGAGUGGGGAGCAGACCUUCGCUGGAACCAUAGUAAUCGCUCGCUUUCUGUGUGUGUGAGGCCGUCAUGGACGAACACGCCCUCCUGGGCCUCAGCCCCAAUGCUGACGCCACCUACAGGCAGAGGGCGCUGGUGUACUUCGAGCAGCUGAAGGAGUCCCAGGACGGCUGGCAGGUGUGCGCGGAGGCCUUGGUGAAAGGGCUUUACAGCGAAGACCACGUGAAGUUCUUCUGCUUCCAAGUCCUGGAACAUCAUAUCAAGUUCAGACACGCGGAACUCACUGCAGUCCAGCAGCAGCUAAUAAGAGAAACCCUUAUGAAAUGGCUCCAGUUACAGCUGACCGCCCCGCCGGAGAAGGCCUUCAUCCGAAACAAGGCGGCGCAGGUCUUUGCCCUGGCCUUCGUGACCGAGUACCUGACCCAAUGGCCCAAGUUCUUCUUCGACGUCCUGUCCGUGAUUGGGCUGAACCCCCGGGGGGUGGACCUGUACCUGCGCACACUCAUGGCCAUCGACGCCGAGGUGGUGGACCGGGACAUCCUGCACUCCUCCGAGGAGUCUCGGCGGAACGCGCUGAUAAAGGACGCCAUGCGGGAGCAGUGCAUCCCCAGCCUGGUGGAGUCCUGGUACCAGAUCCUGCAGAGCUUCCAGCAGUCCCACUGCGAGCUCACCUGCCAGUGCCUGGAGGUGGUGGGGGCCUACGUGUCCUGGAUCGACCUCAGCCUCAUCGCCAAUGACAGGUUUGUGAACCUGCUGCUGAGUCACAUGUCUGUGGAGGUCCUGAGGGAGGAGGCCUGCGACUGCCUGUUUGAAAUCGUCAACAAGGGGAUGGACCCCGUGGACAAGACCAAGCUGGUGGAGUCCCUGUGCCAGGUGCUGCAGAACGCCGGCUUCUUCAACGUGGAGCAGGAGGAGGACGUGGACUUCCUGGCCAAGUUCUCCAAGCUGGUGAACGGGAUGGGCCAGGCCCUGGUGCUGAGCUGGACCAAGCUGGCCAAGGCGGGCGACCCCAAACACAGCCAGGACACGCUGCAGGCCGUGGAGGCCAAGGUGCAGCUGAUGCUGCGCCUGCUGUCCCACGAGGACGACGACAUCUCCGCCAACGUCGUGGGCUUCUGCUACGACUACCUGCACGUGCUCAAACAGCUUCCAAUACUCACAGAUCAACAAAAAAGCAACAUUGAGGCAAUCAUGGUAGCUGUCAUGAAAAAGCUGACUUAUGAUGACGAAUACAACUUUGAAAACGAGGGGGAGCACGAGGCCAUGUUUGUUGAGUACAGGAAGCAGCUGAAGCUGCUGCUCGACCGUCUGGCCCAGGUGUCUCCAGAGCUGCUGCUGGAAGCUGUUCGCCGGGUCUUUACCUCGACCAUGCAACGCUGGCAGGCCGCGCCCUUCAUGGAGGUGGAGGUGGCGAUCCGGCUGCUGUACAUGCUGGGCGAGGCGCUGCCCGCCUCCCAGGGGGCGCACUUCACCGGGGACGUGGCCAAGGCCAGCGCCCUGCAGGACAUGAUGCGCACGCUGGUCACCUGUGGGGUGAGUGAGUACCAGCACACCUCCGUGACGCUGGAGUUCUUCGAGACGGUGGUGCGCUACGACAAGUUCUUCAUCGUGGAGCCCCACCACAUCCCCCCGGUCCUGAUGGCUUUCCUGGAUCACCGGGGCGUGCGGAACGACAGCCCCAAAGUGCGGAGCCGGGUGGCCUACCUCCUCUCCAGAUACAUCAAGACCCUGCAUAAGCACAUGAACGCCUACAUCGAGGACAUCCUGAACAGGAUCCAGGACCUGCUGGAGCUCUCGCCCCCGGAGAACGGCUACCUGACGCUGCUGACCAGCGACGACCAGCUGUUUGUGUUCGAGACGGCGGGCGUGCUGAUCGUGAACGGCGAGUGUGCGGCGGACAGGAAGCAGGCGCUGAUGCGCAGCCUGCUGGCGCCGCUGAUGGAGCGCUUCCGCCUGCUGCUGGGCAAGCUGCUGCAGGAGCGGGACGAGGAGCGUCAGGCCGCGCUCGCCGACUGCCUCAACCACGCCGUGGGGUUCGCCAGCCGCACCAGCAAGGCCUUCAGCAACAAGCAGACGGUGAAGCAGUGCGGCUGCUCGGAGGUGUACCGCGACUGCCUGGAGACCUUCCUGCCCGCGCUGAGCUGCCCCGUCCAGCGGGAGGUGCUGCGGAGCGGCGUGCGCACCUUCCUGCACCGCAUGAUCAUCUGCCUGGAGGAGGAGGUGCUGCCCUUCAUCCCCGCCGCCUCCGAGCGCAUGCUGAAGGACUGCGAGGCCAAGGACCUGCAGGAGUUCAUCCCCCUCAUCAACCAGAUCACCACCAAGUUCAAGGGCCAGGUGUCUCCGUUCCUGCAGCAGGUGUUCAUGCCGCUGGUGCAGGCCAUCUUCCAGGUGCUGGCCCGGCCGGCCGAGGAGAACGACCAGACGGCCGCCAUGGAGAAGCAGAUGCUGAGGAGGAGCUACUUCGCCUUCCUGCAGACUGUCGCCGGCAGCAGCAUGCACGAGGUCAUAGCCAAUCAGGGGCCGGAGAACGUGGAGCAGGUCCUCUUCACCGUCAUCCAGGGAGCCGUAGACUUCCCCGACCCCAUCGCGCAGAAGACCUGCUUCGCCAUCCUGUCCAAACUGGUGGAGCUCUGGGGUGGUAAAGACGGUUUGGUCGGGUUCCCCGACUUCAUCUACAAACACAUUGUCCCAGCAUGCUUUGUGGCCCCGCUCAAGCCAACUUUUGACCUAUCAGAUGGCCAGACCAUCCUGACUCUGUCGGAGUGCGCCCUCACUCUGAAAAUGAUCCAUUUGAAAAGGGAGGCAGAGUUCAUUCAGUAUCUGCAGCAGGAGUACCUACCUUCACUACAGGUCUCACCGGACAUCGUACAGGAACUAUGUCAAGUGCUUCAGCAACCAGAUCCCAAGGUUUUCAAAAAUUAUAUCAAGGCGUUCUUUCAGCGAGCCAAAAUGUGAAACAGGAAGUGGAGCAGAGCAGGACAGAGGAUCGAGGUGACUGGUCGUCGUCGGCGCCGUACAAAAACAACGACAACAAGGCUUAGCAUAGGAGCUGCUAUUGCACUUAAAAAAAACAUUGCAUAACAAAGCCGUCCUGUGUGGGGGGGGUGGGGGGAGGAAUGUGCGGAAAUGCGUGGAAAGGGUGCAGACAAGGUCACAUAGUAAUGGGUGGGGCCACUGCUCCCCUGAACCCACGCCCCCUCUGGCCCUGUCCAAUCAGACGAGUGCACGGUUAAGGCAACCUCGUCAAAGCUACCUAGGGGUUGGGAGGUUUAGCAUUCUUUUACCCCCUCUGUGAGACAGGACGUGAAGCAGAGGAUUAUGGGGAAAUGGUCGAGGAAUAAACGAAAGCAAGCCCAGAGGCCGUUUUCCAAUUGAAUGGUUUUCCAUAUCAUUUACUUUUUUUCAGUUAAAUGAAGAUAGAGAGAGUCCUUUUGAACGUUUAAAGCUUUAUUAUUUUUGUUAGGAGCGCUUGAAAUUUUGAAGUUUGUUCAUCACCUAAAUCUAGGUGUAGAGAUUGCUUUCCAAAUCAACCUUGCAGAUUUGUAUUGUAAGGAAUUAUUUUAGUGCUGAACUGAUUUCAUGUUGUGGAAAAAGGGCAGUUGAGUUACGUUGAGUUAGGCUGGAAUGACAGGGUAAGUGCUUGUGGUCGUGAAGGUUUGCAGUGGUGUCUUUUGUAUGUAUCAGGUUAAUCCCUUCCAACCUCAGACACUACAGGUUAAGAAUACUCACCUGUUUGGCCCGAAUAAACGAAUAAACUGACUCAUUUAAUUUGGAUGCAUACAGCCGUACGCUGUUUCAUUUUGUGGGUACUAAACUGGUUGGAUUUCAUUCGGGAACUGCGAUCGAUUGACAUUUAAUGGAGCCAGAAUUAAAAGGAAGCCAUUGAUUAUUUUACGAUGUUGCGGUCUGAGUUGCAGAUGGGAACACAAAAAAGACUUAGAAACUAUGCGGUUAAAUAUUUUAUAAUCCUAUUCCUGAACUGGCUUUUUAAAGUACAGCCAAUCAAACCAAGACGACAUGCGACUUCAGAGUAACAUUCCGAUUACUUGCUACAUUAACAUUUUGUAAAUACUGAUUAUAGUAACAUAACCAUCACAUCGUGGGUAGCUCAUCGACCCCAUGUAGCGUGAAUGGAUAAAUUAGUUAAUUGGCAGUCAAUUGACGAAAAAAAAACUCUUACUUUGUUUCUAUCAUAUAAUCACUUGACUUGUAUCAAAUCAUUGAAAUAAAAUUCAUGUUAUUGCGUCAGUUACAGGGAGUUGAUGAUGAUGCGUUACGCUUCAGCCAUUUUGGACUUUGUGAAGCUUAACUUUCCCCACAAUCAUAUUUAAAAAAGCCCUUUAUAUCCAUGGAUAUAUAUAUCCCUCUGAAUAUGAUAACAAGGCAGAAGACCUCAGAUAUGAGGUGUAGGAUGUUUUAUAUCCCGAGCUGGAAUAGUUCCACUUAAUACUCACAAUCCCGGUUUUUUUUUACUAUUAGAGAUAAACCUCUAAAAUUUCAAUAUAAAAGUACGGCUCUGAUUUUCAACAUGUCCGCAUAGAUAUUUUGGGACACAGUGCCUGUUUGGGUGCAGGUUUUAGUUUUAGCCCGGCACUACGACACCCGAUUCAACUAAUAAACUCGUGGUCAUUUGUUGAUAAACUAAUCAUGGUCGUCAGCCAAGACCUUUAAGUGGAAUCGGGUGUCUUAGUGUUGGGAUAAUACAAAAACCUGUACCCACACCGGCCCUUUUCAGAUAUAGACCGACCACCCCAGGUGCAGAUGGAUCCUUCCUGGGAUAAGUACGAGCCUUUAUACACACUAAGCUCGGGAUCAGUAUUGAGGUUGAGUGGGGUGACCCAGCUGUUCCCAUAGCCGGCAUAUUCUUAGGCACUUGACCUGCAUAGAUGCAGCAGACAGCGGUGCGUUUUCGGGGUCACUUUUGGGGUGAAAUUGCUAAUGACGUUUUUAUGCAAGCACUGUAUAUUAAUAAUUAGUAACUAAUGUUAAGAACAGAGUAUUAGCUGCUCGUUAGCCCUCGUUUCCCAUCAUUCCCUGUCCAGACCACUAGCCAAUGUCCUGCUUGAGCUGUUGCUCCCGGUGAAAUCAAAGAGGCCUUUAACUGGAUUGGUUUUUAACCCGUUUGUUUAUAAUGCGUAGCAGGGACGAAAAUGUGCCAUUUUGUGUGUUACAUUUGUAAAAGACGUUUCAAACUAUUAUAGUGCUAACAGCUUGUUUGAUUAGAGGCCAGGCUUAAUUUCCUGAAGGCCUGGUCUGUUUAUCUUUCAGGCGAGUAUUUACAUUUCAGUGUAAUAUCAAUACCACCGAGCUAAAAACUGGUGAUUUGAUUUGCGUACAGAAGCUGUAAUUAAACGUGUAUAUUUAAUAAGGCCCACUGUUUAGUAUGAAAUGGUGACAGAAGGAAACCUAUUUUUUCAACUUGGGUCUGCUCGAAAUGAAUUAUUUUAUUGAGAUUCCCAGUGCUGGUCUUAACGACUUGUUGAAGACCGCUGACCUUAGAAUUUGUGAUGGGCAGGAGGGGCUGUCUGCUGUCCAUUGAAAUGUAUGAACCAAUUGGAAGACGAAACUCUUUGUAGAGGGAAAAAAAAAUUACUUGUUCAUAUCAGUAGUAGUCGAUAAUGAACAGAGGUUCUAUUUUGUAGUCCAAUAAGACUCUCUCCCAUGCCUGCUUGUAAUUUACUCACUGUACUGUCAAUUCAAUUGUGCUAACUCGGGCAUUCUCUCCACUACAGUCCUGCAUUUCAAUAUAGAUUUUUUUUGUCCUUUUUCCUCAUAUAUGAAUUGCUGCCCUUGGACUUAUACGAGCUUCCGUAUAUGAACUGGAACUCAGUCACUGAGACAAUCCGACUGUAACGCCGCUGCAACCAAUCAGAUUAUAAUCUGGUCCAAUCUCAGCCAAUUAAGGGCCGGCUCGGGGCCCAGACAGAAUUCCGCAUUCUCAGGAUUCAAAAUGAAUCCCCCAACAGGUCAGCUGGAGGGGAAGAACCUGAGAACUGUAGUGCCGGAAACGCACGUGUCACGCGUGCGUCAAGUCCAAUACACAGCGGUCACGCACGCAUCUUGAAAUGGAGAAACACUGUAAAACACUUCAUACUGUACUGAACGCGUCAGCCGGUUCAAUCCGGUUCGACCGCGGUGCGUUAACACAAACCCGGGGACACUCGGUGAAAUCCAAUAAAACUGUCCGCUGCCCGCGUUACUGCUGCAGAACCUUUCCCGCGCGACACCGAGGCGGAUGCACGCAGCCACGGGAGGCGCUGUACCAAAAGAAAUGUCGUUUUGUGUCGAUUUCCUGCUUGUGUUCAUCCUGUUUUCACCUGUUUAACACACCCAGAGAGAAGGAGAAGCGCGUUUCUGUCCGUCACACACUAUAAUGCAUGCACAGACAGCUACCGCACUACGUGCCAUGAGCGUUCAGUCAUUAAUAUUUCCUCUGAAAUCUAUUGUGAUGUCUUAACAUUGUGAGAACUUUUCAUGCUCAAUGUUGUUAAUAAUUUUUGAGAUGUGAGGAAGGGGGGAACUUAGUGUGCUAGACAGUACGUUUCCAUUACCAAUAAAGUAUUUACAAAUGA